UGUGUUUAAAUGCCAUGUUAGUUUAUGUGGGAAGUCGUUUCGCGAAGGAAAUGUACAAAUUGAAUUUAAAGGAUCAGAUUUAUAUUCGUGAUACGUUAUCGUAAUUUUGAAACUUAGAUUAAUUGGCGAAUCAAAAUGCGAACUUUGAUCCUGAAAUUUCUGUCAUUUGAUUAUCAAGACAAGCAAUGCAGCUCUGUAGAAGCGUAAAAUGGCGAGUGUGCAAAGAGAUCACUGGUCUCACGUGUGGUUGCAGUGCCUGUUACUUAGUCUGCUACUUUGCAGGAAUGUUGUGUUACCAGACACCAAUAAAUAUUAUAAAAUGUCUGCUCUAUGCCUGCAUGAAAAUGAACCAAAUUAUAGAAAAGUUGAUGGAGCCAUGGUUAUCUCAGCAAAUGAAACUGAUACAAAAUGUGUUGUUACAUUUCAAACAGAUACAAUACUGCAGAUGUUUAUGCUUCGUUUUGAGCACCUUGCUCUUGAUUGUAAUGAUCAUUUGUUCAUCUAUGAUGGAGCUCAUGCAUAUGGAAAUCAUAAGGCUGAUCUUUCCUGCCGGAGUACGCUUACAGAUGUUGGGACCAUUCUUACCAAUGGCAAUUAUGUCACGCUCAAAUACAUUACAGAUAAUAAGAAUCUUGCUCGAAAUGGUUUUAAAUUAAUUAUAACUUCAGUCAAGAGACCAAAUACAGGCUGUCAGAGUUUCCGUUGUCUGAAUCAGUGGUGUAUCUCCCAAAAUUUAACCUGUGAUGGAGUAAAUCAUUGUGGAGAUAAUAGUGAUGAAACUAGUCAGGCACUUUGUGGUGAUGAAAGUGCCACUAAACAAAUCUUAGGAUUGAAUUUUGGAACAUUUGUGUCUCUUGUGCUUGGAAUUUUCCUGAUCUGCUGUGUGUGCGUAGUUGGAGUGAUUAUAUGGGUUUUCCGAAAGGAAGCUGCACAAAGACAACUUGAAACUGAAGCGCAACUUGGUACUCCACAUUCUAUGGUUGUAGGCCAGCAGUUCCCUACUUGAAAUUCACAUGGUUACUCCAUAAAUUUGCCGUCCAUGAGGCAUAUUCUAACAAGACAGAUGUUCAUAUGUCAUCACCUUUAAAGGCUUGAAGCCCAAGUAUUGCUUCGAUUUUCAAGACAGUAAGUACACGGUGAGCAUACCAUAAUUAGGAAAAUAUAUCCAAAAACAGCCACCAUAUGCUCAUUUUAUUUCAUACAUUUUGUUAUGUGAAGUGAAAAGAUUUAAAAAGUCUGAAUAUUAUUACCAACAUGAUGUGGUAUACCAUGAAUAAAAAACAAAUGACUACAGUGUUUAACAAUCAUUUGUCAGCUGAUAGUGUUGCUGAAAAUUGACAGAAUGGUCAAAGGAAAGGGCAAGAUAUUCAUUCCUAACUCGCAUGUUUAUUAUGUUGAAGUCUCUGAAAAACUUCAUGUUCAGUAUUUUUCUAUAAAGUAUGUUAUUUUUUCCUAUAAAGGUAUACACAUUUAAAAUUAUCUUUGAACUUAUUCUGUAAAGUAUUUUAAAAAUAAUGCAAAAUGUAUUGAAUCAGCUAGGAUAGUUAUUAAAAAAGGAAUAUAUCCUAUAAGAAUUCUAUUGUUUAAUUUAAAAUUAAAUCCUCCCUGGAUUUAUGAGAUUCUAGAGCAUCAAAAACUAUAUCACUUAAAAAUGCUUGAAUGGAAGUUUUCCUUCCCAUAUACCCAAGGAUAGUUCAGAAUAAUUUCUUUAAGCAGUUAGAUAUCUCGAUUGUGUUUUAUUUUGCAUUCUUGAAAUUUGAGAAUUUCUGAAUUAAUAGUAAUUACUUUCUUGAGCUUUACUUCCCCUUUUUUUAAUUCUCAAUUUAAAUAAUACUUUUUAAAAAAGAAAAAGGAAUAGACUGUAAAAACACAUACAAAAUGAAAACAAAAUGUUGCCUUGUUUCAUAUAUUUUUCUGUCUCUAAACUCUAUUGAAAUAUAGAAUGUAUUAGUAUUUGUUCUAAAAUUAUAAACUGUUUUUACCUAAUAGCUUUUAGCACCCAAAAAUAGUAUAUUGAUUUAUCUGCUGAACAAGGUCCUCUGUUUGCACAUAGAAACUUCUAUGACUAGUUUUAUGUAAAAACGGUGAUUUUUUUUUUUUUUUUUUUUUUUUUUUUUUUGGCAAGUAUUGUGGCCACACAUAAUGUAUUUUCACUGUAGAAUUUUCCCUUAACUAUUCUGCCCAUCUAGUAUUAUCUGUAUUUAAAAAAAAAAAAAAAAAAAAAAAAAAAAUGUGUAGUAAAUCAUGAAAGCUAUAACAUUGCAAUCAAAUAUGUAUGGUUACAUUAUAACAUUUAGAGUACCAACCCAAAUAUUAGUAAAAAUAGAAGAGUCCUGGAUAAAUUUUGUACUAUUUAAAUGACUUCUAAUUAGAAGUAAUGCACACAAUGCAAAAGUUUAAACAAAAUUAUUUGUUAAUAUUUGAUAGUUACACGAGCUGAAAUUUGAACAGAAACAUAAUUCUUCUAUCUUUCUGGCAAGCAAACAGCUUUUGACACCUUUUGAAGUGAAAUUAAAUAUAAAAUACAAAAUUAGCUAAGUCUAAUCUAAACCAAAUUAGAAGAGAAAACAUGCAAAUGUAAAAUUUUUAAAUAAGGCUAAAAAAUUAAUCUUAGUUUGACAUUAAUUAAAAUUCUAUGAAUUCAGGGAAUGAUCAGAUGUGGUCCUCUAUUUUCAGUUAAGCUAAUCAUAAUUGGACUCUCAAUUACAAUUUUGACUUUUUGGAUCUAUGAAAAAGAUCCUGUAAAGCUUCUUCAGUUCAUGAAUUAGGUUUCUUUGAAACCUUGGCAGUUACAAAAAUUCACCUUGCUUAGUUAAUGAAAUUAAUUUCAAUCCAGUUCCUUCUAACACUUUCAGAAUUCUAGCAUCGUAAGUUUUGUGCAUUUUUUUAUUAUUUGCCUCAACAGAUCGUACUACAUUCAUUUUUGCUUUUGUUAUAAACUGAUUGAAUUCUUCCCAUUUUUUACUUCCGAAGAUGCGUCUGAUCACAUUCAAAAUCUAUGCCAAACUAUGCUUGCUUUUUUUUUACAUAAGUUGAAACUUAAUAUAAACCUGUUCUUCCCCUUACUAAUUGCAUGUAUAGAAAUCAGAGCAAGCAAACCUUUACUAGUAAGCUAAUAUUCUACAGUAGAAAAUCAAAAGCUGGAUAAUGACCUAUGUGUGUUGACAAAUGUUGUCUGAUAAAUUUUGAAACUAGAAGAUUUUUAACUGAUUUGCACUAUGGUAGAUGCUGAAGUUACUGAAAAGCAGAAAUAAUAAAAUAACUAGUUAUUUUAAAUAAAUUCCUUACUAUUAAUUAUUCUUAUUAAAAUCUUUUACAAAACUUUAGUUUUCAGUUUGGGAGAUUUCCAGAUUUGGAAAAAUUAAGAUUUAUUACAUGAAUGGGAAUACAUAUGCGUGUGUUAUUUCAAUUUCUUUACAAUGAGUUGCUCAAGAAAUUUUUCUUGAGAAGUAGGAAAUCUGAAAUUUAAAGAACAAAAAAUAUUAAAAAAUUGGAAAUUGAAAUUUGUCUGAAGUCUAAUCACUAUUAAUUAAUUGUUUUUAAUUGCUUAAGGAUAGCUUUGAACUUCUUUUCAUAUUUUUAUCUAUUUUCAAAUAGAAAAGGUAAGAGCUGUUGGGAUAUUUCACCAGAAUGAAGUUAAUGUAUAUGAAUUUUAAUAAUGGCAUGCUUAAAAAUAAGUAUGAUGUUAAAUAAAUAUUUGCUAAAGUUCAGGCUACUUUUUAUAAGUGUGGAAACUCCAUGCAUUAGAUAAUAAUCUGCUUUCUGCAUUGGGAGUUACAUAUUGCUUUCUUUAAUAUAAUUAUUUUAUGUGUAUGUUUAAGAAUUUCUUCAUUUUAAUAACAUGAAAGGCAUGAUUCAAGGGCAGCUUAUACAGCUUAAAGAGAACUUGUACUGAAUGCAUGUGUAGUUUGUGUCUUGACUAUUGAUUUUUUGCAGGGGUUGGCAGACCUCAUUCUAAAAUGCUGAAAAAUCAGUUUAAAGAGUUUUAAAUUUUAUAUUAGUUUAUGAAUACCAAAGCAAAGUGUCUGCUUGUAGUUCCUACAAUGUUGAGGACAUAUUUUCAAUACUUUCAAAAAUGUUCAUUUUAUUAAUGUAAAGAGCUUAAAUUUUGCUUGUAAAUUAUUAUAAUAAUCCUUUUACAGAAUAAACAUUAUUUAAAAUACUUUUCUUGAAAUUAGGAAAUAAAUUGUAUUUUAGGUAUCAAUUCUACAUUAAUUUUUUAUGCCCUUUUAAAAUCUUUAUCUAAAUUUGCAAACACAUAUUCAGUUUUACAGUCUUACAUAUUAAUAAGAUAAUAAAUCAUUAUGUUUUAGAAAAUUUAGUAUCUAUUAUUUAUUACUAUUCACUUCAUCAUUUUCUGUGAAUAAUAUGUGAACUAUUAUAAUCAAACCACGUGAAAGCAAACUGUUGAUACUGAAGUUAUUGGUUCUUUACUAGAUUACACAACUAAAAAUUGCUUUUAAAAAUAUAUUUUUGAAAAGUAGAAUAUGUGGUACUUGACCAGGUUGUAUGUUUUAAAUAUAUAUAUAUAUAUAUGCAAUAAAUAUUGGAAGUAAUAAAAAUUAGUUUGUAAAAACUUGUUGCUUAACUUUGGUGAAUUAGUUGAAGCAAUUGGUCAACCCUGAGAAUGCCACACUAUUUAUUAUCCAUGAUAAUUAAUGUACAGUUAGCUACAGGACAGAUAAUUCAGAAAUAUCCUUGUAGGUUAUAGAAAGUAAAUUUUUAGAAGUUAAAUGAAUGAAUGAUAUUCAGUGUAUUAUUUAAAUGAAUAUUAAUUAAAAUGUGAUAAAAUUUUCAUAGAUUUUUUUAGAAGAAUUCUGCUUAUUCUUCUAAAAAAUUACUAUAAUAUAAUCUUCUAUAAAAUUUGUAUUGUGACCUGCAGUGAUAUUCUUUCAGACAGUUUGUAAGUGACAUUCAUCUUAAAUUCAUUAUUUGACUUCUCAGUUUAUUUCAAAUUUUGAAUUUUAAUUCUAGCUUUUCAACAAGCUCCCAUGCAUUAUGUUUACUUUUGCACCUUAGUUCUUAUCGCCAUGUCACUGAGCUUUGUUGAGUAGCUGCAUUUACAGUAUUUAUUUAGUAAGGUUCUACUGCAUGCAUUGGUCUUUUUCUGUCUGGAGUUGGUCUUCCAUAUUUCAUUUAAAUUUUGGAAAUUGUGAACAUCCACAAUAGUUUCAACAAGACCCAAAGAAAUUACUUUUUCAUUUAAUAUUUCAUCUUCAUUUAUGAAAUUGGAGAUCUUAUUGUUUGUUUUGAGAAGUACGGAUGAUCCGUAGCAUGGCAAAUGGUUAAUCCAGAGUACAGUGCAAGGCAUAAAAAUUCCAUUUAAAUUGACCAAAAGUUUUAUUAAUUUUAAUUAAAAACAUAUGCACUUGGACCAAUUAAACUUAUUUUAAAUUGAAAGUUGUUUUCUCAUUGUGAUUCAAUGCAAUUUAUAUGAAACAUACUCUGUUAAGCAGCAUUGGAAUUCCGUAUUUGUGAUUAUUUGUCUGAUGUUUAUGCAAAAACAAUUCUAGUAAAAGCCAUUAAGAAAUUUAACUUCAGAUCCAGUGGGCUUUCUAGUUUGAUAUAUUGUUAAUAAUAUAAUGUUCAUUUUAAUGCAGAUUUAGUUGUGACUUGAAAAGUACUUAAAGUGCUGUGUAAAUUUUGAAAAUACAUAUAUUUUAUUUGUGUUAUCUUUUUAUGUGUUUGGCUUUUAAACAAUAAUUUUACCGUGCUCAUUUACUUGAAGUAUCCAACAUCUCUCUCUCUCUCUCUCUUUUUUUUUUUUUUUUUUUUUUUUUUUUUUUUUUUUUUUUUAUGGAAUCUGAAGGAGUGUUUUAUAAAAGCUAAGUGAUUUGAUUUGAAGUUAACAGAAAAUAAAGUAACUGAAUUGCCUUUAUAAAUAAAGUGUUCUUGCAUGAAGUCUGAUUUUUCUGCCAGACUUUUAAUUGGAUAUUAAACAUUUGUACAAUGACGCUGUGUAUUUGGCUUUUGAAUUUAUUUUGUAUAACUAUAUCCAGAACUCCAAAUUUACUUUUGUAUCAAGGUUUCUUCUUUCCCCCCCUUUUUUUUAUAACUAUAUUGAAGCAGAUAUAUUUGUAAAAUAUAGCAAAGCUUCUUAUAUGUAAUUACAAAUUGUUGAUUAUAAAUAUUUAUAUUUUAAAACAUUGUUUUUAAAUUUCAAAUUGAGAUUUAACAGCCAUAAGAUAUUACAUAAGAUAUUUAUAAGUUUUUAAUGGAUAACAAUGCUGAUGCUGCUAUUUAUGAAACUGUACUUAAUUAUAAAAUUUAUUUAGAAUAUCAUUUAAACUAAAUUGAAGAUUGCAUUUAAAAAAGGAAUUGGCUUAUAUUAAGUACAUUUUCUGUGGCAGUGGUUGUGGAUAUGUUCAAGAUAUUUGAUACUCCACAACAGACCCUGAUUAUAUAAUUUAUUACAAACAGCUGAAAAUGUGGUUGCCAACCUGUUAUUGCAUUUUUCAUUAAGAAACGAAAACCAAGAUCUCAAUUUUGAGAUUUGUCUUUCAUCACUGAAUGUGUAAACUAAGUCUUCCUUUAGAGAGCACGAUUAAAUGAGUAGUGAUUCGUGCCAAAUGUAUUUAAACAUUCAAAGAAAGGUAAAAACAAAAUUCUGUUCUGAAUAAAAAUUGCUUAUAAGAUGUUUGAUGUACCUGAUGGUCUCUCAGGGUGAUAAUCUAGUUGGUUACGAAUUGAUCAAUUGAAGGCUUGUUUUAUAUACUUACAGUUGUAUGUACUAUUAUAAUGGAGAAAUACUAAUUUAUGCUGUUUGUGUUGUCAUUUUUUAUUUUAUUGUUUUAUAUUUGGAGUCUAUACAAUAAAGUUCAAUCUAAAAUGUA